AUGGAUAGGUUGAAUCAAGUUUCGGGGCAUUUAUCACAAUCUACAACUAAACCCAUACUUUCGAAAAAUCCGGAUGAUGUGGUAAUUGUUGCAUCAUAUCGAACCGCAAUUGGCAAAGGAUAUAAAGGAAGUUUCAAAGACGUUGGUAGUGAUUAUAUAUUGCUUAAGUUCUUAGAAGCAUUUCUCGCCAAGACAGGAGUUGAUCCUAGCUUGAUUGAGGACAUUGCUUGUGGAAAUGUCCUUAAGGUCCGCUCUGGUAUCUGUGAACAUAGAGCAGCUGCGAUCAGUGCCGGUAUUCCAUAUACUACUCCUAUUAUAGCCGUAAACAGACAAUGUGGGUCUGGUUUGAUUGCUAUAGGUGAUAUAGCUAAUAAAAUCAUAGCAGGAGAAAUUGAUUGCGGUUUAGCUGUUGGUGUGGAAUCCAUGACCAAGGACUUUGCCUUGGGACAAGCAGUCGUGUCUAAAGCCCUCGAAAAUCAUACAGAAAUGAUGAAAUCUAAAAUUUCCAUGGGCAUUACAAAUGAGAAUAUAGCUGACAAAUAUAAUGUCUCACGUAGAGAACAAGAUGAGUUUGCAGCUGAGUCUUUCCAAAAAGCUGAGCUUGCUCUGGAAUCGGGCCUAUUUGCUGAUGAGAUACUACCUAUUGAAUCUUUAAUUGAAGAAAAGGAUGCGCAAGGGGAUUUUUACUUCAAGAGAGUAAUAGUCGAUAAAGAUGAAGGUAUUCGUAAAGGAAUAACUGCAGAAUCCUUGAGUAAAUUACCCCCAGUAUUUAAGAAAGAUGGUCUGACCCAUGCAGGUAACUCUUCUCAAGUUAGUGAUGGAGCAGCGGCUGUUUUACUUAUGAGGCGUUCUUUUGCUGAGAAGAAUGGUUUUAAGAUCGAGGGUAAAUUUAUAAGAUGUGUAUCUGUCGGGGUUCCUCCAGAAAUUAUGGGAGUUGGUCCAGCAAUAGCUAUUCCUCAUAUUCUUAAGAAAACAAAUUUAACCGUAAAUGAUAUUGCAGCCUUUGAAGUUAACGAAGCCUUUGCAGCCCAAUGCUUGUAUUCGAUUAAUGCAUGCAAAAUACCAAAAGAAAAAGUGAAUAUCAACGGAGGGGCCAUUGCCUUGGGUCAUCCAGUAGGUGUAACAGGGGCCAGACAAUAUGCAACUAUUUUGAGAUUAUUGAAGCCAGGUGAAAUAGGUUUAACCUCAAUGUGUAUUGGUUCAGGUAUGGGAUCUGCUAGUAUAGUUGUCAAAGAGUAA